AUGUCAAACCUGUGCGUUAAAAUUAAUAUUAAAAAUCUUAAUCCAAGCCUGAGAAACUUAAAAAUGUCGUACCAACAAGGACACGGACACCCUCCACAACAGUACCCACCCGGCCAGUAUCCUCCACCUCCACAACCUGGCUACGGUCCCCCACCACCACAAUGGCAGCAACCUCAACCACAGUAUUAUCCACCCCCACAGCCACCACCAAAAGAAGAGGACGACUGUUAUACCGACGACUCCGUGAAAGACCCAGACUAUGAAGAUUUAGCACUAAAACAUCGUAAUCGAAGAAAUGCUUCAUGUUCUGACGAAGAAGAUUUAUCUGUUAGCACAAUAAAUCAAGCCAAUAUUUUAUGUGAAAGUGUGAAUCUGCUACCUAGGGAAGACUAUGAAAUGAUACCUAAUAACCUUAUACCAAUACAAAGUGAACCGUCUGAUAAAGAAAAUAUAAGCGUCUCUCAUCAGAAGUUAAUAAAUCCAGAUUGUAGUCCAAAUAAAGUAAGAAAAAACUAA